UGGUGCCGGGGGCAGGGAGCUGGGCUGGGGCCGAACUGCCCGGGGGCCUCCGUGCUGGGCUACUCGCCUGGCUUGUUUCCUGUAUUGCCUGGCGCAGCUCUGCCGUCAACUGACACUGUAUUCUGCUUUGGAAAGGGCCCUGGUGUCAAGUCUGUGCAUUUCAGUAAGACAAUGGAAGAGCUUGUCCAUGAUCUGGUGUCAGCAUUGGAAGAAAGCUCUGAGCAGGCUAGAGGAUGCUUUGCUGACACUGGCGAUCAUUCCCGAAGCAUCUCUUGUCUUCUGAAAAGACAAGCGAGAAAACGGAGAGGGAGAAAAAGGAGGUCAGAUAACACACAUCACCCUUGGGAAACCGGACACUGCCUCAGUGAUGGCUCAGACUCCAGUCUUGAAGAGCAAAACAAAGACUACCGUGAAUGCACAAGUAAUCAAAAAAAGGACAGUGACUCGGACGAUCAGUUACUGCUGGCAAAAAGGAGACCAUCUUCUAACAUCACCAAUAUACGCGGUAAGCGGCCCUUGUGGCACGAGUCGGACUUGGUUGUUGAUACCUUGGGGAGCAGGACAUUAAGAAGGCGGCGGAAAGUGAAACGCAUGGCAAUCGAUCCUCCGGCAGAGGUCACUAGCACGCUGACCCUGUAUCAGAGCCGUGACCAGUCGAUGGACAAUGAGAGCAAGCACUACCAACACAUGGAGCUUGCUAAGAGUAAAAACAAAAAGCGGAAGAUCUCUGCGCCUAGACGUGGGCCUGAAAUUCCAGAUGAAGGAGUUGUCGUGGAAGGGGAAGAAAUAAGCCACGGCAACAAAGACAAAAUGGAAUAUGAAGAACAGAAGGUUUCUGAUGAGAACAUGAGUGACAGUGAAUCCAGCAGCAUAAGCAGCAGUGAUGCGGGUUUGUUUACCAACGACGAAGGGCGCCAAGGGGAUGACGAACAGAGUGACUGGUUUUAUGAAAGUGAAUCGGGAGGAGCUUGUGGUAUGACUGGCGUCAUCCCAUGGUGGGAGCAAGAAGACUCGGCGGAACUACAGAAGCAAAUGCCGGAUCCAGUCUUUGAAAGCAUCCUGACUGGCUCCUUCCCCCUCAUGUCUCAGUCAGCACAGAGAGGUUUCCAGGCAAGGUUAAGCCAUCUGCACGCGAUGCAAGCAAGAAGCAUUCGGAAAUCUGCUGUAAACCCAAACCCCCUGAUUGCCAGUCCAGGGGCUAGCAACACCGAGAGGCUGGUCCACUUUAGCCCGGAUCCUCAUCAUCAUGAUCACUGGUUUAGCCCCGGGGCCAGAAAGGAUCACAGCCAGCUUUUACGAGAUAAUCGUUCCGACCGAGGCCAUAAGAAAAACUGCUCCGUGAAAACAGCCAGCCGACAAACGAGCGUCCAUUUAGGAUCUCUGUUUAUCGGCGACAUCAAACGAAGAAGAAAAAACGCCAACCCCCUGCCAGGACCUACAGUCUCAGGAUUCAUUGGUGAAAGUGCUCAACCCAUCCCAGACAAUAACAUCGGCAACCGAAUGCUUCAGAACAUGGGCUGGACUCCGGGAACAGGACUAGGUCCAGAUGGCAAAGGAAUAUCAGAGCCUAUAAGGGCACUUCAAAGGCCGAAGGGACUGGGGCUUGGUUUCAGCUGAUGGGAACACCUUCACAUCUCAACCGUGUAAAGAAAGAGUUGCACAUUUAUGAUAUUGUUAUGAAACCUUCUUCUCGAACAACGUCUCUCUCAAUGGAAAGGAAUACCAAAAGCCAAUAUGGUCAACACCAGCUACCCUGCAUGGAAGUAGAAUGCUGCUGGAAAUGCUUUGAGCAUCAGAGAUGCUAUGGUGCUCAGUGUAACCAUUGAAUACCGUUCCAGUGUGUACAUACAAGAUGAUAGAAACCAUACUAAUUCAAUUACUUGUUUAUCUUCUGAGAAAUCAAACAUGACUAGGAUAAUCACUAGCUAACAGAAGGAUUGAAGUGUUCUAAAAACAGUGUUGGCAUGUCUAGUAGAUGUAUUUUAGACACAUCAUGCAACGUUCUAUAUUCUAGCAUAGAUCCUCCACGCCUUUUCAAUGAGAGCAUAUAUAUUUAAGUGAUACUAUAGUCCAUGGUUCUAGGGCCAGUCCGUUGCUUAAGUCUGAAUUUUUGAUAUCUGAUCAAAAGUUACGGACAGGAUUUUCACAUAAAUUUCAUAGCUUCACAUUUUUCCAAUUCAGAGAAUUUUUUGUCCUUAGUUUACAACAGAUAGCAAAAUAAUACAAUUCUAUCAUCCUUGAAAAACCCAACGGCUGCUUACACGGGCAGGAAGAAUGUUCAUAAUACAACUUCAUUGCAGUUUGGAGACCUGAAGUAGUAAUUACUAUGGUGCGUCAAAUGUACAAAUUAUAUUUGUGGGCCUAGUUCUCCCUCUAAAAACACAUUCAUGAACGAUAUUUAAAAAUGUCAAAUUCACUGCCAGACUUUCAAUUUAGAUUUUCUUUAGAAAAGUCUGUUUUAUUUGAUUUCCAGAACCAAAUAUUUUGACCAGUAUUAUAAGCACAGGUUGAUAGCAGAGGCUUAUAGGCAUGAAAUAUAUAGCUCUAGGGCCAGGGUGACCACAAUUAUUUAGCCGUACUUCAGCUUGGUUCCAACCAAAAUGUGUGUGUUGAGAUUAAGUAACAGGUUAUUUUACCUGUUCGAGAAAAUCAAAUUUAGAAAACAAAGGUUUUGGUGGUACAACCUCAUGAAUUUUCCACCAAGACUUUUCCUCUUUGCUGCAGUGGAAAUCCUCCUAUGACCGGCUCAAAGAACUGAUUUUUUUCCCCUAAAUGGAAAAAGUCUCAUUCAGAAGACAUUGGUUGCUGAGGUUGAUGAGAAUAUUGUUUACUCAGUGGUGUCAAUAUCCCUCUCACAGAUUAAAGUUCUAACAAAUCUUCUAAUAUGUAAUACGCAAUCACCAAAAAGUAAAUGUAUUCUCAAUAAUGCUGUUAUGCGUUACCCAUCUACUGGGAAACAAGAAUGGUUUGAGAAAGUCCUUCAUUUAGGAUGGGGCAUCAAGCAGAGGAUUGAGUAGCGGAUUGCACCCAAGCACUCACAUUGCAACUUGAGGUGGCCAUACACGGGCUGAUUUGGGUCCAUCAGGCCAAUUCGGAAGCUUAUCUGCUCAGGUAUGGGCACCACCGGCCGAUAUCUGGGCUAAAAUUGAACAUAUCUCGAUCGAGCAGGUUUGAUACUCUGCCGGAUCGGGGCCUAUAUCGGCUCGUCGAUGCGGUUUGAUAACACCUAUGCCCGCCAUUGUGAUUUGAUUGUUUGGCCCGAUAUCGCCCACCUCAGGUGGGCAUAUUGGUAGAAGAAUACCUCGUUACCUUGUAUGGCCACAUUUGCAACAACUGUCACUGACUUAUGAGGCAUUGGAUAAAACUGAUCUUUAGAACCAAGCUAUAUAUGUAACCAUUUUUUGUGAUCUCUUGGAUAACACGAUAUUGAUAACUGUAGUCCCAGCUUUAGCCGCCACGUUUGUCUUGUUUUUCCAAAUCAGAUUUGGUGAAGCAAAGAAUCAUUUUCAAAACUGAUGAAAAUUUUCAACCCAGACAUAAAUUUUUAUUCUUGGAGUUGAAUUUAAGAAAUUGAUGAGAUAUGCAGUAUUAAUUCCCCUAAAAGGCAGUGAUUGCUUCUUUCUGAAGGUCAUUUAAUCGUGCAAUAUUCUCAGUUGAUAAAUCGGUAAUAUCCUGCCUGAAGCCCUCCAGCUGUUGCUGAGCUAAAACUCCUAUCAUCUUGCCAACAACUAAAGUUCAGAAGACCGCCGGACAGUUGCAGGUUGGACAUCCCUAUAUUACAUAAAUGUUUCUGCUCCGUUACUAUGCUCUGGCUUAAGGUGGCCAUACACAGGCUGAUUGCAGCUGCUGAUAUGGGUCCCUUGGACCGAUUCGGCAGCUUAUCGACCCAUGUAAGGGCAGGAACGAGGGGCAUGCCCGACCGAUAUCUGGCCUGAAAUUGUCCAGUUAUCGAUUGAGCAGGUUAAAAGAUUUAGUCGGAUCGGGGACCGCAUCGGCUCGUUGAUGUGGUCCCCGAACCGACUGCACCCAUUGCUCCCAUUAUAAUUAGCCUACAUUUUCCCGAUAUCGCUCACCCCCUCGCCAAGUGAGAGGAUCUUCACGUGUAUGGCCACCUUAAGUGUUAUAUGGCCCCUAACCCGUCAGUGUUUAUUUAUGGGAUACACCUACAUACAUCUCUUGCUAUGUUUUCCAUGAAUGCACCCAACACUCAGUAUUUCAUAAAGGCACCGCAUAUAUUUUCAUAGUGCUGGGUAGAUAUAAAAUCUCUUAUUUUUAAGCUUUUGGUUUAUUUCAUUUUUGGAUUUGCCAUUUUUGGAUUUUGGAAUUGCUAUUUCCUUGGCACAAGUUCACAUUUUCUGUUUUGUUUUGUCAAAAAAAAAAAACGACAAAAGGACAAUCUUUAUAAAACUUUUAUGCCAAACCUUAAUGAAUACUCGUAUUUUCCCUUCGGUGAUGUUUUAUUCUUCGAAUAAGAAUACUUUUUUUUAGGCUUUUUACGUAAGGUGUUUAUUGUGCAGAAAAAAAUGUAUUCCAGUUAUGCAUCUUGAAUUUCAUAAUUUUACCUACUAAUUUAAAUUUUUUGUUUUGUUUUGUUUUUUUUUUAAAUAUAAUGCCUGCGUAGCAUGGUCACCCUGUUCUAAAUAGGAAUUAACGUUCAUUUUAUUGUGUGUGUUAAUUAAAUGGGAAAAAUAGACAGGCCUGUGGUAUUUGAUGUCUGCCUUGUUAGUAGGAUUCACGCAGAGCAAACAGCAACGCUUUCAUGUCGGGUUAGACUACUUUGUGAUUUCAUUUGCAUGAAUUUUGAUUUUCAUUUAUUUUUUACUCUUUAAAAAUGUCCGUAGCUUUCCCACCGCUGGCUCCAGAUAAAUUGAUUGAUAAACCUUUAUUCCAUCAGUAAUACAUUCAUUACACGCUAGACUUUUAUUAAAUUCAGUGAAUUCUUUCUACACGAGAGAGAAUAACCGUUAAAAAGCAUUUUCUUGAAUAAAACCGAUUUUCAGACGAUAACGUCAAUAAAGAGUUACUACCGAGAGCAGUGGUUUUUAUUAGGCAUCGUAAAAUGGGAUUUGGACAAAAUAGUAAGUUUUUACAAAUUUAAGCUUUUAGUUAAUGUUACCUCCUUUUUUUAAAUUCUAUUUAAUCUUAACAAUAUUAGUAGUGAUGAGCGAAUCUGUCACGUUUCGCUUCGGCAUAAAAAUCGCGAAACGGCAAGAAAAUUUGCGAAAUGGCGAAAAAUUAAUGAAACGCAUUUGUCGCACAAUUUUUUUGUUCCGCCAGUGUCUAUUUUUUUGUCUCCCAUGUCUAUUUUUUUGUCGCCUGCCGCUAUUUUUUCUGUCGUCCAUGCUUUUUUGACGCGAACGCAGCUUUUUUAUGCAACACGCCCAAUUUGACGUGCAAAAAAAAAUUCUGUGUGACCAAUUUUUCUGCGGCGAUUUUUCACAAAACUAUUUGCCAAUAGCGAAAUGCUGAAAUUCGCUGCAAAUCCAUGCCUGGUAAAAAAAAUUAGCUCAUCACUAAAUAUUAAUAUAUUUUGAGUUUAGAAAUGUAGUAGUUUCUACAAAAAUAUAACUUUUAAUUUUUAAUUUAAUUUUUUUUUAAUAUUUUCUUCAAAUUUUUCUCAAUUGUUUUCAGAUUUUUUCAUUUUUGUUAAACAGUCCGUAUCUACUGUAUUCCCUGAAGACUAAUUCAUAGCUUGUAGCACUGUUGUUUUGCAGCCUGUGGAAAAGAUUUUCAUUCAUCCAAAACUGGUAGGAAUGUGGUACUGCUGCGACUAAAGGUCCCCAUACAUGGGCCGAUUGUAGCUGCCGAUAUUGGUCCCUUGGACUGAUUCGGCAGCUAAUCGGCCCGUGUAGGGGCAGAAACGAGGGGCCUGCGCGACCGAUAUCUGGCCUGAAAUUGGCCAGAUAUCGAUCAGGCAGGUUAAAAGAUUCAGUCGGAUCGGGGACCGCAUUGGCUUUUUGAUGCGGUCCCAAAACCGACUGCCCCAUUGCCGCCAACAUAAUUUAAUCGAAUUAGCCUACACAUUCCCCGAUAUCGCCCACCUGUAGGUGGGGAUAUCGGGUGAAUAUCCGCUCGCAUGGCGAUCUCACCAAGCAAGCGAAUCUUAAUGUGUAUGGGGACCUUAAGCGCAAUUGUCCAACCUAUCGAUACUCUCUUGCACCUUCAAAAGUUUUUGAAUAAGUCAGAAAUUGCAUAUCCCUCUUUUAAUUAGCUAUAAGGGCUUUAUUGUUCGUCUAUCUCAAUUUUAUCAGAGACGCUUUUUCUUUAAUAUAGCCUUUGUUUCUAAAAAUGUUUUCAUAUAUUUUUGUCUUUCCUGUUAUAAACAUAUUUGAAUUUUGUGAAAUUGGAGAAUACCGACACGUGGGAUGAAUUGCAUGAUUUUUUUUAACAGAAUUUUGUUAUCUGUUUUGGCAAAUGUUCAGAUAUUGUCAUCUAUUAAAAUGUUGCGUCAACAAA